UGAUGCGAGUCUCGCUCGAGCCUCUUCUCGCUCUUUGUGCUCCCUCAUAGAUUUCUUGCUUGUCAUUAUGAUCAUGCGAUUCCUUGCCCUUUUCAUCAACGGUUGAUCCGCCGCCCACACUCCUCAUUCUAUUGCAAUUGAAAGGCUCUAAGAUCUGCGACUUGAGUGGACCAUCCCGUCGGAGCUAGACCCCGGAUUUCUUCAGCCUACGCCUCUGUUGAAGCUGUACUCCAUUCCAGGCUUGGUAAUCAAUCAACAUGCCUCUGCUCUCACGCAAGACCUCAAAGGAGUCGCUCGAUAACAAGAGGGCUGUUUCUGCAGAACGAAACCCGGCCGACACCAAACCAUCGUUGCUGCGGCGCCUCAGCAAGAAGGUCACCAGAUCGGAGGAACCGGCAGCUCAACCAGAGAAGAAACAGGUGGAGCCCCAGCAUGAGCACCAGCCCAGUCAUACCAACAUCUCAGAAAACUACGUCGACAAGGUCCCUCACCCUCAAGUUGCUGAAGUGCCGCCGGUCUCCAGUCCUCAACACAUUCCAGUCCAAGCCAAGGAGCCAGAAGUACAUCCUGGCAGUCCGGUGAUAUAUGGGCACCCUCUCACGACAACAAGAAGUGCCGCCGAGCCCCAAGGACAGUCAAUAUCGGGCUCGGUCCCUGAGCCGGAGCCUGAGUCUAGGCACCAUCACAAAGGUCACAACGGUUUGACCAAGGACGACGUGCAACAUCUGUUCUCAGGAGCUCCGCAAUUCACGUUAGAAAAGGGUCGGCGAGGUCGAUACUUCCCACAAGCCUUUUUCCCCUGGAAUAAUGACCUGGAGACAUCGGAUCUCCAAGACCGAAGGUAUCUCCGGCACGAAAGCUUUGCUCUUUGCACGCUUCAUGCUCAUCUCCCCAUACCAGACGAGGUCGACUGGAUGCCGGGCAAGGCACCACCAGUGAAGCAUGAAGGCCUGGACAUUGGGAAGAGGCCCAUGUUCGAGUUGGGAAUCUUCGAAAGACCCAAUAUGCUAGCACUGGACGGAAGAGAACCCGGCACCAUCGGCAUGAGAUAUUUUCUGGAACGACCGGUCGCCGAUGGCAUCGCAGAUGAAAAAGUGAAGGAACAUGGCAAGGACGUCGAAGUUGACCUCGGACUUGACAAGGCGCCCACCAUGGAGGCAUUUAAGAUGUUGGCCAUAUCUAGAGACAACGACGAACUCAACGCUAAAGUUGGAAAACAUGCCCCGGCUCAAGAAAGGGUGAAGAACAUCCAGGACGGUCCUCGUGCCUGGAAAAACGUGGGCGUCAGACCCAUCACUAUGGAGACACUGGUGGACAGGCUGGAACUGAUUGAUACCUGGCGCGACAAGGUGAUCAACGCUGGUUGGCAAACCACGGUCCUGGAUCAGAUGAAAUCAGAUCAACUGCACGAGUUCCUCUUCAAUGAGUUGAUCUACCCGCCACGGAAAAUGCAAACAGACGCGCAUCAACCAGACAAAGUGGCAUUGAAGAUUCAAAUUGAAGCUCUUGUCAAAGUCCUGACCACUCCAGGGGUAUGGCUCGAUCUCAGUACUCCUGAAGCAAGAUUACGCUUCGGCAAGAUCUUGCAUAGUGGAAGCACACGCUAUGACCGUUCCACUGGCACUAUGAACAUCGAUCCGGAACGCAAAUGGCUCCUGGUCCAGCUUCUACUUGCCAUUGAACUGGUGAUCCGCCUCGAUGCGGCCCUGAGACUGGGGAUAGCCCUGCAUACCGAACAAUUCGAGAUCACGCCGGAAGAGAUCCACCACUUCAACAAGCUGCGCAAUCUGAAGGUCGAUUGGGACCUGGUGGCAGCACGACGCUUCUUGUAUCUCAGCUACGUGAAAAAGAUAGAGAAAAGAGUGCCUCAUCCUGAACCCCAGAGAUCGUCGCCGGCCCCUCAGCUCCACCGCCAAUCGACUGAUCACCACGGAGGCUUCAUGAGCGGUCUGCGGCACUCACUAGGUCUUAACGACUCCAAACUCGAAGAGCAACCAGACACCUGUGACCUCCUUAUUCUCCCACGCCAGCCGCAUGUCAUGGUUGACGGCGUCGUGCGCUUCGCCAACAAUAUAGGAUGGCCGCGAGCCCAUGAGGUUCAAGAAGGUCUCGCUCAGAAGCUCUGCCAAGCGCUGUCCCCGGACCGAGAGAAGUUCCUCAUGGACGCUGUAUCCUGCACGGACGGCGUGCAGCCUAGUGCGAACCAGAGCUCCUCAAGUCUAGCACCUCACAUCACACCAUCACUCGAGACAUUUGCCCUGGACCUGCACCCAGCUACCUCAAGCACAAUCGGGGGCUGGCUCUCUCACAGCUGGCUCUCUGGCCUCAUCCUUCCAGGCACCUCGACGUGCGAUAUCCUGAUGGCCACACUCCUUGAAAACGACGCCGACCCGACAAUGCUGAAGGACUUCGGCGCGUUGGAUCAUAACCUCCCCUUCCGCGCAUCGGGCUUUAUCCUCAACGGCUCGUCGUGGUGGUCCAAGUCCAGCGUCCUUGGACGGGUCUUUGCGCCUUUGCCCAACGCCAGAGAGAGCAUGGCAUGGGUCUAUCUGCCGGAUUUUGUGCCGCUGUACGAGGCAACUUCCCAACCAGUGCCGAACCGGUGGUUGAAGAUCAAGACAUUCCCUGUCCCAACGGCUCGCGAACGACCGCGCAUAUUCGAUGGGGACAAAUUAGCCAUGGAGUCCACGCCGUUGGGCAUCGGCAAGGGAGGCGUCAUGAGUUCCGAAUUCAGCAUGGUGACAGACCACGUUCUGGACGACGUACCAGCCCCAGAGGUCGUCGUCACAGCUGUCACGGUCCAUCUAUCCAACACAAACGCCACAGCCACAAGUGCAGACAACGUCUUGUCGGCGUGGGCGCAGUUCCACAUUACCAUUUCCAACCCGAAUUCGCCAGAUAGACCCGUCUCAAGACAAGUCCGCUACGGCCUCGAUCGGGCCGUGUACUUUGUCACGGCGCAUCCUUGCCGUCUUCCACACGGGCACGCGACGUUCCCGUCUGGCUCGACUGAGCAACAGCACCCACGUCACAAGCACUCCGAACAUCUGCCCGCGCACCCACUGCACAAGACGUACAAGUUCGUCGUGAAGACACUCGCCGAAAUCAUAGAUAAUCCGAACAUCGAUCCCCCUACGGCUGGCUCCGCGGGCGCUGCCGAGGUCUGGAUCGUGGAUGCUAGGGAGGAAGCUCCUGGUCUGGCUGCCAGCCAUGCGAGUAGUGGUACUACCGGUGCUGCUGCCUGGCCGGGUGCCGGGCCCGAUCCGGAGAAUACGCAGACGAGAUGCAAGGAUAUCCUUGUCCGGGCGUGGUGUGCUGAAAAGGGGCAGAAUGCGCUGAUAUCGCGUGUGGGCAGGACGUGUCUUAGCUGUUCCAUCAGGGAGGCCAGGGCUUUGGAGAUUGGGGUCGUCGUUAGAGUUGGUGUGAAGGAUUGAACUGGCCACCGAAUGUCAAUGACAUAGAAGCCAGGCUGGAUGGUGUCGUACUUGUAAGAUGAGUGACGGCGUUUGGUUAUGAAGCGGCGACAGAACAUCACCUAUCGGUACACCCAGAUAUGACGAUGGUCGAUGCACUGAUGACAGGAAAUUCCGGGUUCACGAUAUGAAUUGUGAUAAUUUACGCGAAAGUGAAAGCGUUGUGAAGAAGAACCGGCAUGGCAUAGCAUGGAGGACAAUAUUCACUCAAUAUUCCUCUGGAGUGGAAAGUAAUCUAUACCUACGAAUAGUGAAGCAAGCUGGAUGGACUGUACUCUUGAGAUAACAUUGGCAAUGAAAUGGAUUGUCAUAAGCUUCAAAA